UUCAGACAGGUUUCCGUGUAUACAUAACAAAAGACGACGCGAAACAAUUUUAUAGUGACUUCACAUUUGAUGCAAAUCAAAGUUUUUAAUACGAGAAAAAAAUGAUACCUGUCAUUUAAGGACAAAUUCCCUGUAAAUAAGUACUGCUGUUUGCUUUUUAAAUUAUUAUGGCCUCUACGGAAAAGAAUUCGAAAAAGGAAGAAAUUUCUUCCAAACAUUACAAAAUUGAUGGACAAAGGAAUCAAAUGGAGUUGAUUGAAAAAUCAUUAUUACAAGAAGAUGUCGAGAAGAAAAUACUUUCACUUAAGCAUUUACUGGAAAAAGAUCCCAAGUCUGCAGACUUAAAAUUGUCAUUAUUUAUCGCAGCCUGUCACACUUAUCGAUAUGACACUUGUCUUAAACCAUUUCCUCCAAUGUAUAUAAGGAAAGAAUGCAAGGACAUUGAUGCUUUGAGAAAAAUGUUGGAGACAAUUCCACCACUAAGUGUAAUUUAUCACGAACUCAAUGAGCCGAAUGUCUACGAAAAUUAUGGGCCAGCGAUAGAAUUAUUAUAUUGGUUAUUGGUGAAAUUACGAGAUCCUAAUAUAAAAAGUGUUAGCAAAGAAAGUUUUGAAACAGUAUUAAAGAAAGUUCCCUCGGAAAUGAAAGCAGCACCACCAAAUUUAAUUUUUCAAAUUGCAUGUAUGAAACAUUCGACAUCGGAGGAAAAAUGGCAAACAGCAGCUCGAGGUCAAGCAACAUUUUAUGCCUAUCAUGGAAGUCGACUAGAAAAUUUUCACUCUAUUCUGCAUUACGGUCUACAACAAAAUAUGUGCAAAAAUCCUCUGUUUGGCAAUGGAAUUUAUUUAUCAAGUGAAUUAGGAGUCAGUUUACCGUACAGUCCUGUUGGCUAUGGCUGGGGUGGCAGUCUUCUAGGCAGCAAAAUGAGUUGUGUUGCACUUUGUGAACUUAUUAAUCAUCCUGGCGUUAAACGAGGAGAUUCAGCUGAAAAAGGAAGGAGCGUAAUACCGGAUGCAGUAGGCGGAAAAGUGCCAAAUAAAUAUUACGUUGUAACCAAUAGUGAUUUAGUACGAAUUCGCUAUCUACUUAUCUACAGUCAAGAAUUUAAUUCGUCAAGAGAGUCAAAGAAAACAGGCGUGCUCGCAUGGUUCCGAAAACACAAACUCUUGACCUUCGUACUUGGUUACGUCGUCUUAUUAGCUUCUGUUGGCUUAACACAUAACAAACACGUGGAAAAAUAUUUAAAAUUAUUUAUACAAAGAGCAGGCUUCGAAUAGGAAAUUUUUUU